AUGAGCCGAUUCCUCAAAGGCAGCAUCAAUAUGGCCUCCUCCCACACGUCAAAAGCACCUCCCUUGACUCACUUCUUGUGCAUCCCCCUGGUGUCGACAGCAUCUCGACCGCAGCUGUCUCAGAGCAUCGCAUCCUUCCGGGAUGAUGUCACUCGGCCAAAAGCCCUAGGGGGGUUUGAACUGCCCUUUGACGCGGUCCGACCCGUGGGGACAUUGCAUCUUACACUGGGCAUGAUGUCCUUCCCAAAGGACGAGGGUCUGGACAAGGCUGUCGAGUUGCUGAAGUCGCUUAAGCUGCGGGAUAUCAUCUCUACCGUCAAACCGCCGGUGAUGCCCGGGUCCUCGGGCGGAGAAGUAUCAAGUGAACAGCCACAGCCGCUGAUCACGCUCAAGGGCCUGCAUACCUUCCAGAAGGCCGACAAGGCUACCGUGCUCUUUGCGCCCCCGGCCGACCAGACCGGCCUCCUCCAUGGGUUCUCCGAGAAGGUCAAAGCCUUGUUCAAAGAAGCAAAUCUCCUGGCACCUGAUGACCGGCCAUUAUUACUGCAUGCAACCAUCGUCAACACGAUCUAUGUCAAGGGGAACCGGAAAAAGAGGGGUGACCGGACCUUUGUCAGCGAUGGUCAGGCCAUCAUGGAUCGCUACGAAGACCAGGUCUGGCUGGAGGGCUUCCCCCUGGAAAAGAUUGCCAUCUGCAGGAUGAGCGCCAAACCUGUAGAGGAGAACGGCACGGUAGUAGAUGCUGCAUACGAAGUUGAAGCUGAGGUUGAAUUUUGA